AGAAAAACAAACUUGCAAUUCUACAAAAAAAAAGAAGAUAACACAAAACUUUUUUUCCCUCUGUCACCAGAGAAGAAGAAAAAAAUGAUGGAUUCUUUGGCUAAAUGCUUCAACGGACUUCAAGAAAGGUACGAGAACGUUCUAGAAGCAAAACCCAUUUACAGAGACGAGUUAAACAUAACGUUGCCUGUGAAUAGCUCAGUGGUUUCAGUAGAGCCCACCAAAAAGUCUCGUUGCUUGCAGAGAGCCAAGAGGAUUGACAAAUUCCUAAGGUUCGAAGAAGAUGAUGAAGACAUGGAAAAGCCUCUGGCUAAGGAAGAAGGCCAAAAGCCACGUAAGGUUGUGAGGUUUCAGUUAGAGAAUAAUAAGAUAUUCGAACCAAAGAAGCCGGUGAGGUUCGAUCUUGAUGACCAAGGACUCGAACCAAAAGAGAAGUCUUUCGAAGAGAAAGAGAGUUCAAAUAAGGCUGAAGGGAAGGAGGAAGUUGUGAGGGUUAAGAUAAAGGUGACGAAGAAGGAAGCUCAAAGGCUAUUAGCUAGCUGGAAAAACGACAAUGUUUUGGAUCUCAAGGAUGUGGUGGACCAGAUCGCACACGUUUCGGUCCAUCAGCUUCAAGUCGAUGUGGUUAUGGUUGCUUGUAACAACGGGCGACAAGGAAAUGGCUGUUGAUUAUCACAUAUGGAAUACUUUUUUGGUAUUUAUUCUGGUUAAUUAUCAAAAUUUUGUAGUUUUAGAGUAACAUCUACCUAUCUAUCUAUCUAUCUAUCAAGUCAUCACGUGUAUAUAUUUUGAUAAUACAAUUUUUAUAAGACGUAUAUAUUCGUCACUUUUAGCACAA